AUGGUUGACGAGAAUGCGGGAACGCUGCUGAGGAAGGGCAGCAAGAGACAGAGGGUCUUGAAGUUCUUCAGGUCCUGGAAGCAAAAGCAAUCACAGCGACACGACCAAGUAGCUGCACCCAUACCGCCCAAGCAAGACAAGCCGACCCCACAGUCCCCGCCCGAGCAAACACACCAUGUAGAAACUCAAGAGCAAUCGAGCAGCCCAGUCGACCAUGGCAGCACCAUGUCUCCUGUCCAAGAGGCAGAGCAGGAUCGCGUCCCAACACCGCCGCAAGAAACCAUGGAAGACAAGGUCGAACCCCUCACUGAAGGCCAGCUCCGUACCCUCUUCGCCGGAGCUCCUCAGUUUGGUGUCACAAAGACAGACAGCCGCUACAUACCAACAGUCUCCUACCCUUGGAACAUUGACACUGCUCCAAAAGAAGCAACCGACACAGUGCCUCUAGUCGAGCCUGCCUUUUCAGCUGCGACCCUACACGAGCAUCCGUCCAAGACCCGGCCGCUACCAGACACUUCGAAACAGUACAACGGAUAUCGAGUAGAUGUGGUGGAAAUACCAAGCAUGCUUAGUGCUCAGGGUGUCGAACCGGGCACUAUUGGCUUCUCACAUUUCCUCGAGUUGCCCAAGUCUGACACUCUCGCCAAUGAAUUGGAACAAUCUCAAUCAAGCAAGGACUCUUUCGAGUCAGUCAAGAACAAGGAAGCACUGCAAACAUCUCCUGAGCGUCUGGGUAUCCGUCCGGUCGAAUUGAGCUUAAUAUACGACCGCUUGAUAGAAUUUCAGGACAUGUACGAAGCCUUCCAAGAUAGUCCCGAGCCCAUGACCAUUCUGAACAACCAGAGCGCUGGAGAUCUCUACGCAAAUCUGUUCACCAAGUUCCUUACGCCACCGGGUUACGAUGACUCUACGGAUGACCCCACUGGGUUGCAGACGCAAAUCGUUGCCCUGCUCAGGGUCUUGGGGCUGAAGGGUGUCUGGUAUGACUUCAGUCUCGUCGAGUGGAGGAUAAGACUUGGGCAAUUAUUGUGGAGUGAGCCUGAGCCAACAUCCGAACACGAAACUCAGCCAAUGUGGACGGAGCGGGAGAUUCUGUUGCUGCAAAUCACCUUGGCAUGUGAGCUCUUGCUCCGACUAGAUGCCUUCACCAAUGCCGAUGCGGCCGACGCCCAGGUCCGGCUUCAGAUUGACGCAAAGGACAUCGAAGGAUUUCUCAAAAUCAAGACGAAAAAAGUUGAUUGGGAUUUGGUUCUAGCGCGGAGGUUUCUCGACAACAUUGUCAUCAUGAGGGGCAGCGAUGCACCAGUUUCACCGAAACCCAAAUUGCGCGGACUGCUGUCGCUGCUAGGUCAAGGCGCCCACGUAGAGAUACCGCAGUCAGACCUUGUCGUACUUCCACAACAUCAAUCCCAGCAACUUUCUGGGCUGCUUCACUUCGCCAAGACACUUCAGUGGCCCAACAUUGACGCAGUCUCGACAGAUCUGGCCCGGAAGCUUGGUGAGCAAGACAAGGCGGAGGACGCCACACCAUCAUCACCCAGUGGAAGAUUGCCUGACUCGUCCACUCCGUCUGGUAUCAGCGUGUACGGAACGCCGUUGCAAACACCACUCGCCUCUGGUCAUCAGCUAGACAGUUACUUUGGCCAUGUUGGGAAGCCUGCCCUGAACCGCAACAACUCUCGCGCAUUGCGCAUGCCACUGUCCCCCAUCUCUACAGUCCCCGAGAACUAUGCCAAUUCCAACUUUAACAUUGGAGGAUGGCUCAGUCGGUCAUAUCUAACUGGUCUUAUCCUUCCCGGAGAAGCGAUCUCACACUUCCUCGUAUCGACACUGCUUGAGAAUGACAGCACUGCUAUUGCCAACCUGGGAGAAUCGGCAAAUCUGUACGGUGGGUUUACCUUUGGUGAGAGAACAUUCUGGAGCAAAACUUCUGUCGUGGGGCGUAUCCUAGCCUGUGUCAAAGGCUCCACGGAGUGCAUGGGCUGGAUCUCAUGUCCAAAGGUACCCGACAGCCCCAGCGAGCGUUGGUACUCGAUUCACAGCGAAGUCCUUCCUCACGAAAACCGCUUGCGAGUAAGAGAUGGCUUGGACGUAGUCGCUCAAGAGUCAGCUACUGUGCCUGUUGGUGCUCUGACUUCAACAAAAUCGGAGGACUUUGUGCUCCCUCAAGAUCUUGACUCGUCUCCGACUUCUUCCAUCGCCUUCUUGCAGUGGGAACUGGUUCCAAUCAAUACGGACCUCAUCGAUGGUGACAGCUUGACAGGGCCACCAACUGACAGCGAUAUCCAUGCUCCGUCGAUGACUUUUGUCUCUGGAGUAGUGAGCCACACUCUCACUCUGGCAUACGAUGUCCAAUUUAUCACUUCUUUCCCCUGUACCACUGCAGCAUCUGCACCUCCGUCGUUGACUCAUCGCCCCAAGGUCAUGAGACGUUCGGUUACCGGAAAUAUUUCGCGAUCUUCUUCAAAACACAGCGUGACAUUAUCACGCCGCAACAGCCAUGGCUUCGAGCCACUCCUAUCCCAUCCUCCAGACGCUGCAGAUAUUACACCGAAGCGCAUGUACGAGCCACCUACUGGACCAGAAGCCGAAACGCUCGCAACAAACAGCAAGCCCAUGAACGCGCAUCCUCUGCAUAAGUCAUAUACCUACAAGAUGGUACCAGUCACUGAUAUCCUUGAUCCUGACUUCCUGCUGCCAUUCGAGCUUCACACGUCCAAGUCUACGGAGCGUUUGCUCGAUCUUUCACGAAGCAACGACAGCGAAACAGAAGAGAUGAUCAAGAAUAGUAAGAAAUCCGUGCUCGUACUUGAUGCUCGGACUUCAUCAGAUCUUCAGUUGCUCGCACGAGCCUGGUGUGCGGAGAAGGGCCUGCACGCGAUCGUGAGCAAUGUAGGACGCACUUGUUUGGGUUGCUCCAUUCGAGAAGCUAGAGGCUUGGGUAUCAACAUCGUAAUCCGGGUGUAG